AUUACUACUAUGUUUUGUUUGCAAAUUGGGUCACCAAAUCUCACCUGUACUUUUCUGACUCUGAUCUAAAACAAACCCUUCUUCUCACUUCUGACACCUUUCAUCCUUCACUUCCCUUUUGUCUUCUUCCCUUCUCUCAACAGCCGCUCUCUCUCUCUCUCUCUCUCUCUCUGAAUCUUUUUAUUUAUUGUUUCCCUCAAAUAUUCUCUUUUGUAUCCACCCACAACACAAGCUGGUUUUUUUGCUUUUACAGCAGAGGAAGCUACUAACCUAGAAUUUGCCCUUUCUUUCUCUUUCACCUUCUCAUCAUAUUCUCCACUUUUCUCUCCAGAUUCUUUACUCUUCACACCAUCCCAAUUUUCCCUUCAAUUACCAUCAUCAUCAUCAUCAUAAUUUUUUAUAUUACUGAUCCAAAUUCUCCAAACACACUCAUCUGUUUAAUUCUACUUUAAUUUCAAUCAUAAACAUCCGAUCAUAUACAUUUCUAUCACGAUAUCAAUUCCACGAUCAAUCAUGAUGGUGUUUCAUAAUUUUCCUCAUCUUUGGUUACAAUCAAAAAUUUAAUCUUUUAACUCAUCCUCUGGUUUUGUUAUUGUGUUAACCCUCUGGUUCUAGGAGAUGGGCCGGUAAUCCAUAGUUCUGCUGCGAGGUAAGUAAAGCCUUGCCGAUAAUUGUUUCCACCGGGAAUCAAACUCGGGUUUAAUUGAUUCUGAUAUUAUAUAUGGAAUUUUUGUUUAAUUGCAAACUGAUAAAGUUAAUGGGUGGUGUUGUUAAUCUAAAUUCCUUAGUUUGCAAGAUUGUGUUUUUGUUUAUUGUUGUUUUGAUCCUAAGGGCAUUGUUGUUACCUCACAACCUUGUAUUUAUGAGCAAAAAUGUUUCACCAUUUGGUUUUGUUGUUCAACAACAAAAGUUUUUGGAGGUUCCUCAAAUUGUGUGGGGAUUAAACAACCAAAAGAUUGCAUUUGCAAGGGCUUGUCUCACAGCUAAAAUGUUGAACAGAACUUUAUUGAUGCCUAGUCUUAGUGCUUCCUUGUUUUACAAGGAAAUUGAUCUUUUGAAACCAAUUUCAUUUGACAAAGUGUUCAAAUUUGACAAGUUUAAUGAACUAUGUAGUGGUUUUGUUCAAUUGGGUCGUUACUCGGAUCUCAUGAACACAACAAAAGCUCUUGAAUUGCAGAAAGGAAGUGGUAGAAAGUGGACAGUAGAAAGGGAUUUGGAUCAGUUGAGAGAGUAUAGAAAUGGUUCAUUUGAUGAUUUUGAGGUGAUUAAGAUUGUUGGAAAAAACCCUUUUUUGUGGCAUGAUCAUUGGCCUGUUAAGGAUUACGCAAAGGUUUUUGAGUGUUUAGUUUUGGUUGAUGAGAUUUCUCAAGAAGCUGAUAGAGUUGUGUCUAUGAUUAGAGAAGUUGGAAGAAGCCAUGAUGAUAAAGGUUUGGUUCAGAAUUAUGUGCCUUAUGUUGCUGUUCAUAUGAGAGUAGAAAUUGAUUGGAUGAUUCAUUGCAAAAAAUUGGAACAAAGAUUGAACACAAAUCAAAUAUGUAGUAGCAAGAAAGAGAUAAUAGAAAGAGUUGGGAACAUCAAAGAUCUUAAUACGAGUCCAAAAAAAACUGUUGUUUAUCUUGCUGUGGCUGAUAAAUUACUUCAAAAUUCUUCAAUACUAGAAGGUUGGAAAGAAGGUUUUUUACCUUAUGAGAAGAAGAAACUUGGUGUUGAUAAAAUUUAUGCAAAAUAUCCUUAUUUGAUUCAAUCUGCAAUUGAUUAUGAAGUGUGUUUGAAGGCUGAUGUAUUUGUUGGGAAUAGUUUCUCUACUUUUUCGAGUCUUAUAGUUCUUGAAAGAACACAAAAGAUGAUUAAAUUAGGUGUUAAUGAUAUGUGUGGAUCAAGUGAUGUAAAAUUGGCUUCUUUUGCAUAUAAUAUUCAAGGAGAAUUGAAUGGUCCUAUGAGAUGGGUUACAAAUAUGUCUGAUUCAAGUCUUCAUGCUAUCAGCUAUGGUACUGAUCACAUUUCUUGUUGAUAGAGUUUGUUUGGAUUUGGUAAAAAGCACGGUGUGGCCGUGAUUUGGACUAGUGCAUGUUUGGAUUCUCGGUGAAAUUUGCAGAAUCGCAGUUAGACAAUGUGAUUUGGUAAAAGGUAUAUUUGAAAUUUUAUUGUCAAACUCAUCGCACAUUCAAACAGACACCGAGAAACUUGAAUUUCAUAAAAUCACAUUGACAAUGCAAUAUGCAUUGGGAAGUGAAAAUGAUGAGCCCACACCACACAUAGUCAGAGCUUAUAUUAUAACUUUACCAUUCAUGCUAUACAAAUGUAAGAUUUCCUUUCUCUUGUAUUGACUUUUUCACUUUGGAAUUUUGGUUAGCAAAAUACUACUAUUUAUCAUUCUUUGUGUAGAAAAUUUGAUUAUUGAAUACAGCUGUUUACUUAAUAUAUUAAUUAAAGCAUAUCCUCAUAUUGUUCAUGCUUCAAA